CAACAUUCCUCUUAGACUGACGGGAACAGGUUACUGUUCUCAAUAUGGCACAGUGGAUUUUCAGACUGAAAGGUUGCCUUGGCUCAAAAGUGUACUCAGAGGUCCCGGAUGGUGGCUGGGGCUGGAUUGUUGCUGUGGCUUUUUUCCUAGUAGAGAUGUUCACUUAUGGGGUCAUUAAAAGUUUUGGGAUUUUCCUCAAAGACUUAAUGAGUGACUUUGAGGAGAGCAACAGUCGAGUAUCAUGGAUCAUUUCAAUAUGCGUCUUUGUUAUGACUUUCACAGCACCUUUAUCAUCAGUGCUGAGUAAUCGAUUUGGCUUCCAGCCAGUUGUGAUGUUUGGAGGAUUCCUUAUAUCUCUGGGCACAAUCUCAACUGCAUUCACCAGCUCUAUCAAUCAGAUGUACUUCACCAUUGGGGUAGUGACUGGCCUGGGUUACUGUUUGACAUUUCUGCCAACUGUUACAAUCUUGUCCCAGUACUUCAGCAGGCGUCGCUCUGUGGUUACUGCCAUGGCCUCCACAGGAGAAUCAUUUGCUAUAUUUGCUUUUGCUCCAGCAUUCACAGCUCUUAAAAACUGCAUUGGCUGGAGGUACACUUUGGUAAUGAUUGGAACAUUACAGGGGAUCAUUAUUGUCUGUGGAGCUCUCCUCCGGCCCAUAGUCAUCAAACCAAAGACUUCCCAGAUUGUAACUGAGCAGAAGACCACAUACUCUCUCCCCGCAGAACAACUGAGAAGCUCUGUGAGCUCUGGAGAUUCCGGUGUACAAUCACUUGAUGAGCUGGAGCAGGGCCUCACAUCUGUGAGGGAUAAGGGAGAGGCGGAACCACUAAAUGUCCUCCCCAAAAAACAGGAAACUAUAAUCCAGAGUACAAAUAAGCUCCUGGAUUUGACUGUAUUGAAGGAAGGCAGUUUUUUGUGCUAUUCGGCUUUCUGCCUUUUUGCAACACUGGGCUUCUUUGCCCCUCAGCUGUAUGUGGUGGAGCUCAGUGCCAGUAUGGGCACUGAGAGGGAAAAUGCCGCUUAUAUGCUUUCAACAAUGGCUAUCGCUGAGAUCUUUGGACGUCUCUCCAUUGGAUGGGUCCUGAGCUGGGGGCGAAUCAGAAAGAUCUUUGUACUGCUUGGAUGUGUGUCACUAAUGUGUCUGGUGCUGGUGAUGUUCACUGUGAUCCAUGACUUCUGGGGACUGGUAGUGUGCUGUGUGCUUUAUGGCUUCUUGCUCGGUAACAUUGCAUCAACGCACAUCCCCAUGUUGGCGGAGGACGAUGUUGUAGGGAUCAAGAGGUUGCCCUUAGCUGUAGGCAUCUACGUCUGUAUUCAGAGCUUUGCAGGACUUGUUGGCCCACCUUUAGGAGGUGUCCUUGUGGAUAUUACACAAAAUUACAGCUCUGCUUUCUACUCGUGCGCUGUGGGAAUGGGACUAGGUGCAGUCUUCCUUGGGCUUGUGCGUCCAGCGAAGACAGGUCAACUGUGCAUGAGGAGGGACGAUGAACAGAAUAGCCCGGCAGUGGAGCAAGUGUCCAAAGACCAAGACAUGCCUGAGGAAUUCCUGCAAGAAGUGGACAUACUUACAAACCCAGAAAUAAAGUCUUGAAACAAAGACAAACUUUGUGAAUUAAGUGGGAUGAACUGAACCUGAGGAACUAUCAGAGCUGCUGAUAUCAUUGGAAAAUGUAGAAUUUAGUCUGAAUGUAUCUAAAGGAAUCACUAUGUCAUGAUUCACAAUAAUUGCUUAAGAAAUGCAAUUGUUAGUUACACACUAAGUUCACGAAUGUAAUUAUUACAAUAGCUGUCAUGAAAAACAAUAAGCUUAAGUUGAGCACAUCUAAUUACCAAGUCUGAAGGAAAAGAAAUGUAUGUUAGUGUUACUAAACACUGGGACUUUGGUUGAUGAAAAGUUCUGGGUCCAAAAGAACAAACAUAAUCCAUGACAGGAGACCACAUGUUGUGUGUUUUAGUGAUUAUAGGUGAUGGCUCUAUGAUUACUAGGCAGGCACUGGUGGGUAACGCAAUGUCCAAAGUUAAUGUUGAAUUCAAUUUCUAAAGUUAGAUAGCUAAAAUGGUAUAAAAAUAGAAAUGGUACAGAUAAGUGAUAAUGUAAAGGAUGCAAACGCAAAACCCAGGUAAUGCCAGAAGUAUCAGUUGUAAAUUGUUUACUAUCAUGGCACUUCCAAAGCUUAUGACAGGGAUCUGAAAUGUGAAUAACCUUUGCAUCGAUAUUAUAGAGGUGAUUGUGAAUGCAAAACGAGUUCAACCUGAUGCAACUGUGAAAUCAACACAAGGAUAGCCAAUGUAAUUAUAUGUGUUAGUAUUAACUAGUAUUAAGCCACAACUUCAAAUGUGAAAGGGUCUGAUAUGACCUGUUAUAGUAUAACCAAAUAUUUUGUUAUCAAAAACUGUCAUAUGACUUGAAUUUUAUCUAUAUAUUUAGAAAGGAGUUGUAUUUGCUCUAUGUUCCGUGGACUGUAAAGGUUUUUGCAACAUGUACAAUGAGGUUUUCUGUUUCAAUGCAGAAUAAAUAUAAUAGUUAUAAUCAUUUUUAAAUCAGAUUAAAAAAAAUAAAGACAUUCUUUUUUG